AUGGAAAGUGUUAAGAAGGAGAAGGGCUCAUCAUCUUAUCUUCCUCAAGAUCUGAUCGAAAAGAUUCUUUUGAACUUGCCGGCUAAAUCCAUACCAAAGCUCGUCGUCGUCUCGAAGCUCUGGUCUUCUAUCAUCCGAGGCAAAAAUUUCAUCGAUCUGUACCAGAAACAAUCUCUAUCUCGUCCGCGUUUUCUCUUCUCAUUCGAUCGUGAAAGCACCCGUUUCUUCCAGAUCAAGCCGUCUCAGUCUCUGAAGGCAGCACCGUCUUCUUACACUUCUACAGUGUCAAGCUUUUCUCUGAAUCUUGAUACGCCGCUCUAUCCACUAAGUUACAACGUUUAUCCACCUGUAUGCGGCUUGAUCUGCUUUCAAGAUUGGGAUAGGUUGGUGGUUUCGAAUCCUAGCACGGGCCAGUUCUUGGUUUUACCUAAAGUCAGAACUAAGAGAAAAGGGAUUUCAAUAUUUUUGGGAUACGAUCCGGUUAACGAUGAAUACAAAGUCUUGUGGAUGACGGUAUUGCAAACUUCUCGAAAGGUUGUGAGCGAAGAGCAUCAAGUUUUCACUAUAGGUGGAGGAGGAGCUGCAUGGAGGAUGAUCAAGUGUAAGGUUCGGCAUUGUCCUGCAACCAAAGGGAUAUGCAGCAACGGUCUUGUUUAUUACGGAGCUUGGUCCAACAGUAAGAGACAAAGGUCUCUACUUGUGUGCUUUGAUGUGAGAUUGGAAGAGUUUACUCUUGUUAAAUUACCCGAUGUUGCUGAAAAUUUUCGUCGUGGUUCUGUUUUGCUGAACUACCAUAGCAAGGUGGCUUAG